AUGGCAUCCACGAGUACUGACAUAGUCUCUUCGUCUUCUUCUUCAACAUCUCCACAGAGAUAUGAUGUUUUCCUCAGUUUCUACGGGGAUGACACUCGCUAUCAUUUUAGCGACCAUCUCCAUGAUGCUUUGCAACGGAAAGGCCUUUUCGUGUUUAGAGACGUUGAGAAGCUCGAGCGAGGAAAAUAUAUUUCUGAUGAGCUUCCAAAAGCAAUACAACAAUCCAAGUGUGGGAUCGCCGUUAUCUCUAAAAAGUACGCAUCCUCUAAAUGGUGUCUCGAUGAACUUGCAGAGAUGGUCAAAUGCCCAGGGCUUAGAGUUUUUCCUAUUUUCUACCAUGUGAAUCCAUCCGACAUACGAGAAGUGAGGGAAACUUUUGCAGAAGCUUUUGAUGGGCAUGAAAAAGAUCCCAAGGUUGACAUUCAGAUGAUGUCAAAGUGGAGAGCUGCUUUGAGAGAAGUGAGCAACAUGUCCGGAUGGCACCUACGUAAUGAUAGCGAUAGGUACGAAUCAAACGUUAUCAAAGAAAUUUGUAAUAGUAUAUCUGAUGGAUUGAGAACUUCUAACUUCUCAUUUGUUUCCGAGGAAUUUGUUGGAAUAAAACCCCGUGUGGAGGAAAUUAUGGCCUUACUUAGUAUAGAAUUGGAUGAAGUUCGCUUUUUAGGGAUUUGGGGGAUGGGAGGAAUUGGCAAAACAACUCUGUCAAAAGCCAUUUAUGAAGAAGUUUCUCAUAAAUUUGAUGCUAGUUGCUUUAUUGAAGAAACUAGAUCUCUUAGUCUAGUUGAUCUACAAAAACAUCUUAUUUCUCAUAUCCUAAAGGAAAGAGAAAUAAAUAUUUGCAAUCCAAGCAAAGUAAUAAGGAGCAGACUACGUACUCAAAAGAUUUUUAUUAUUCUUGAUGACGUGGAUGGAGAAAAACUAGAAGCAUUAGCAAAGAGACAUGAUUGGUUUGGUCAAGGGAGUAGAAUCAUUAUAACAAGCAGGGAUCAACAUUUGCUCAGGGAAUAUGUGGAUAAGAUCUAUGAGGUUAAGGUGUUGAAUGAUGCUGAAGCUUUAAAACUCUUUAGUUUGAAAGCCUUCAAGAAACCCCAUCCUGAAAAAAAAUUUGAGCAAUUGUCUAAGGAAAUUGUGAAUUACGCUGAUGGCCUUCCUUUAGCUCUUAAUGUUUUUGGUAAAUUAUCGCGUAGUAGAGAAUUGAAUGCAUUGCAGAGUGUCAGGGAUCUACUAAGAGAAAAUCCCAUUGCAGAAAUUUUGGAUAGACUAAAAAUAAGUUAUCAUGGAUUAGAGAAUUCUCAGCAAAAUUUGUUUUUAGAUAUUGCAUGUUUCUUCAAUGGAGCAUUCAAACAACUCAUCAUAUACAAACUAGAAGCUUUGGGUUGCUAUCCGAACAUCAAUUUGAAUGUUCUUGUGGAGAAAUCUCUUAUAACCAUCUCAAAGUUCGGAAAAUUGCAGAUGCAUGAUUUGUUACAAAAAAUGGGUCAAAAAAUAGUUCAUGAUGAGUCUACGGAGCUUGGCAAACGCAGUAGAUUGUGGCAUGAAGAGGAUGUCAUUAGAGUAUUGAAAAAUGAUAGUGGAACUGAUGCGGUUAGAGGCAUUGUCCUAAAAUUGCCUUUACAGAAAAAAGAGCGAAUAGAUGUUGAAGCCUUCUCAAAGAUGAAAAAUUUGAAAAUGCUUAAGAUUAGCGGCACAGAUUUACACAACACUAAUCUGGAAUGGCAUGGAAAUCCUUCGAAUUUCAUGAGCAAUGAGUUAUGCAUCAUGGAAUUUUGGGGAUAUCCUUUCAAAUCCUUGCUGGAAAAUUUCCAAUCCGACAAUCUUGUUGUGCUCAAAAUGCCUGGCAGCUGCAUCGAGAAACUGUGGGUUGGAAGGAAGAGUUUUAAAAAAUUGAAACACAUUGACCUGAGUGAUUCUCAAAACUUGAUCGAGACACCAGAUUUGAGCGGAGUCCCAAAUCUUGAGACACUAAAGCUUGCUGAUUGUACAAAUUUGUCCAAGGUCCACCCAUCCAUUGGAUGUCUAAGACAGCUUAAAGAGUUGAGUCUAGACCGUUGCAAGCAGCUUAAGUGUCAUCCAGUCGAGAUCUGCUUGGAAAAUCUUGAAAUUCUUAAUCCUUCUGAUUGUUCAAGACUUGACAAAAUUCCAGAUAGUGUGGGUAAUAUGACAUCUUUGCGAGAUCUUAUUUUGAACAGGACUGCCAUAAUAGAGUUAUCACUAUCAUUUAUGAUGUUGUCGUCUCUUGAAACUCUCCGGAUUUAUUGCUGGCUGGGAACAAAUUUACGAGAAUACCAGAUAUGGCUCAACUUUCUCGUCUUUGGUAUCUUGGCUUGGAAGAUUGUACUUCGCUUCAAGUACUGCCGAAGCUUCCACUGGGAUUAA